CUCUUCUUUGCUCCACCCCCCCUUGGGGCCUUCAGAGCAUCUCCCCUUUUCCUAUUUUUUUCCUUCUGCCCCAGAUUUCUCUGCCAGAAGUUGGUGGGGUUCAGCAUUCCCCCCCUUUUAAAUAAGAGAUUGUAGAAGUCCUACAGCCCCCCCCAUGUCACCCCCCAGAAAGGCCUCUCCCCUUUUUCUAAAUUACCCUGGCAAAGCUUCUCUUUCUGCCCAACAUAAUUCCCCCACCUGCUGUUGUGAUUUGACAGCUCCCCUCCAACUUGCUGAAUCCCUGCCCCAUCUCUUGAACAGCCUAUCCACAAUCUCACGUUUGAUUCUUGUGGUUCCAGGAUCCCUGACCUGUUGAAGCUUGAGUCUGCUCCUCUCUUCCAUUUUGACGGAUAGAUCCUUGGUCCUUGCCUUUUUCCCUGGGAGAGGCAGAUCUGCAGACAGUUUUCUCUUUUGUCCUUUUGGGAUACUUCUGUGGAUUGCUUCUUCUCUUCCUAUUUGUCUUCCCUAACCCUGAAGCAUUUUUAGGUCCCAUUCGAGGUUUGCCUUCCUACCAUCAAGGACGCUUAUAGGGAGUUGGAUCAGUUUCCCCUUCCAUUCUACUCUUGCUGAGCUACUAACCCUUUCUCAGUUGUUUCCAAAUUAGUGCAUCUUUCAUGUUAAUCCAUUUAAGGACCAUUCGUCUUAUAAUUCAGACUAUGGGCUAUUUUGUUCUAGGAUAACUAUUUCUAUUUUUUUUCCCUGUGUUGGUUGGGAGGUGAGUUCAUUUCUUAAGUGCAUUCUAUCAGCAAAAUUGGUUUGUGUUCUGACAUUCAAUUUAUAUGUGGGAAACUGGAGUCAAACUCCUCUAAAACAAGACUGCAAGAGAAGCCUUUGAAAGCAUCCCUGUCAACCCUCUGUGCACUCCCAUCAACUCAGGAUGUCAGAGAAUCAGCCCAACAACACCCAUCAUCCAGUGAACAAUAAUGUGGCGGGUGGGGCCCCUGCUGGCAAUAACAGAGGGGUCCGCAAUCUCAACCAAAACCCCCUCAUCAAUGUUCGGGAUCGUCUCUUCCAUGCCCUUUUCUUCAAGAUGGCUGUCACUUACGCCCGUCUCUUCCCACCAUCUUUCCGUCGCAUCUUUGAAUUCUUCAUACUCCUCAAGGCUCUGUUUGUGCUCUUCAUUCUGGCAUACAUUCACAUCACCUUCUCCCGUUCACCCAUCAACUGCCUGGAGCACGUCCGGGAUAAGUGGCCCCGGGAUGGCAUCUUACGAGUCGAGAUCCAACGCAAUUCCAGCCGUAACCCUGUUUUUCUCCAGUUCUGUGAGAGUGAGAGGUUUCCAGGCAUGGUGGUUGAGGCUGCUGUUGGGGAGGAAGAGGAGGAGGAAGAGGAAGAAGAAAUGACUGUGGAGAUGUUUGAGAACAGCUCCAUCAAGUUUGAUCUGGAUAUUGAACCCAAGAUCUUCCACAAGCCAUCUCAGUUGAGUAACGCCCAUGUUUUGGCCCCCAAUGAAAGCCAGGAAUUCUCCUUCAGCAGUGAGCCAGCCUCUAAAGGUAUGCAGCCUCUCAGCGAGACUGUGUCCGAGUUUGAGAUGCUAGCCAAAGCAGUCUGGCCACAGGAAGAGUACAUUGUGGAGUAUUCCUUUGAAUAUGGAUUCCUCCGCUUAUCCCAAAGCACCCGCCAGCGCCUGAGCAUUCCCGUCAUGGUGGUGACCCUGGAUCCCACACGAGACCAGUGCUUUGGGGACAGGUUCAGCCGUCUUUUAUUGGAUGAAUUCCUAGGAUACGAUGACAUUCUCAUGUCCAGUGUGAAAGCCUUGGCUGAAAAUGAAGAGAAUAAAGGUUUCCUUCGCAACGUAGUGUCUGGGGAACACUAUCGUUUCAUCAGCAUGUGGAUGGCCAGGACUUCCUACGUAGCAGCCUUUGUUAUCAUGGUGAUCUUUACUCUUUCUGUGUCCAUGUUGUUGCGUUACUCACAUCACCAGAUCUUCGUUUUCAUUGUGGACCUGUUGCAGAUGCUGGAAAUGAACAUGACCAUCGCCUUCCCCGCAGCUCCUUUGCUGACGGUCAUCUUGGCUCUAGUAGGCAUGGAGGCCAUCAUGUCCGAGUUCUUCAAUGACACCACCACGGCCUUCUACAUCAUCCUCAUUGUGUGGUUGGCGGACCAGUACGAUGCCAUUUGCUGCCACACUAACACAAGCAAGAGGCACUGGCUGAGGUUUUUCUACUUGUACCAUUUUGCCUUUUAUGCUUACCAUUAUCGUUUCAAUGGUCAAUAUAGCAGCUUAGCCUUGGUAACUUCGUGGCUUUUCAUACAGCAUUCCAUGAUCUACUUUUUCCACCAUUACGAGUUGCCAGCCAUCCUCCAACAGAUCCGGAUCCAAGAGAUGCUGCUCCAGAACCAGCAGGCGGGGACCCAGACUGCUCUCCAGGACAACCUCAAUAACAACACGACGGUUGCUCCAACUGGUUCAGCCAACCAGCAGCCCCACCUGGAUGCAAAUGCUUCUGGGGCAGGAGACGGCUCCCUGGCUUCUGGGGAAGACCAUAUUACUGCGGCCUCCAGCACCGGUGUGUCCCUAGGGAAUGACUUGAACUGGGUGGCAGAGACAGCAGCUGUCAUCACAGAAGCAUCUUUCCUGUCCAACCUGAAUAGUCCUUUUUUGGGCUCCAGGGUCGUUCCAGCAGUUGUGGCUGAUGGGACUUUGCAGGACGUGGACCCUGCUUCGAAUACAGUGACCCAGAUUUUGGUUAGCAGUGACCGUGCAGAAGCGGGAGCUCUCACCAUUGAGCACCCAUCCACAGUUGGAACUCCUGUGACUGAUGCACCUUCUUCUGCCACGGCCCAUUCGUGUCCAGAGCCUGAAGAUAUUCCCCAGCCCUCAGAGGGUUCAGCAGGCCAAGCUGAGCCUCUGAAGACAGACUCCUCGCAAGGUUUGGCUUUAAGGGGACUCCUGAGCCAGGCCUCCGAAGGACUUGCCGAGCGGGAUCCCACUCCACUUUCCCCAGAAAGUACGAUCUCCUGAUCCUCUGAAGCAGCUGCUUCUCCUGAACUCCUUCCUCGGCAGGAGACUGGAUGCCUUCCUGUUUGCAUAAUUUGUUCACCGUACCAGGUUCCUCUUAGAGGAGAAAGAGGCAGAGCUAGCUAGAUGCAGAGAGAGUAAUCUUUUCUUCCGCCUUCCAAGCCCACAAAAGAAAAACCUGAAUAAAAAGAGCGGAAGUGAUGGUA